AAGUGAGACAACACCGCCUUCUUCCUCCAUCUUGCCUUUUCUCAGACAAUUUACACACACGUUGCCUAUUCAUUCAAUCAAUACCCAGAUCCACUUUCCCCAUCUACAGAUUUCAAGAAAUCUUCCGCCAUGGAUCUACCUCCAGAUGAGCUCCAAUUCCUCACUGUUUCAGAUAUUCUCAAAGAAUCAAUCGCCAUCCCCAAACAAUCUCCUCAAACUUUCUACCUGAUUACCCUAACCCUAAUCUUCCCUCUAUCCUUCGCCAUUUUAGCCCAUUCUCUCUUUACUCAUCCUUUAAUCUCCCAAAUCCAAGACCCAUAUGGAUCUCACACCUCUCAAUGGACUAAACUUCUCAUCUUUCAAUUUUGUUAUCUCAUUUUCCUCUUUGUUUUCUCCCUCCUCUCCACCGCCGCCGUCGUCUUCACCGUCGCCUCCAUGUACACCUCCAAAUCCGUCUCUUUCUCCUCCACCAUCUCCGCCAUCCCCUCCGUCUUCAAACGCCUCUUUAUCACCUUCCUGUGGGUAGCUCUCACCAUGGUCGUUUACAACAUCGUCUUUCUUGGGUUUAUUGUCCUUUUGAUCAUCGCAAUCGACACCCAGAACUUGGUUUUGUUCUUCUUCUCUUUAAUCGUCGUCUUCCUCUUGUUCCUUGUUGUGCAUGUUUACAUCACUGCCCUCUGGCACUUAGCCAGUGUGAUUUCGGUUCUUGAACCUGUAUAUGGCUUCGCCGCCAUGAAAAAAAGCUUCGAGAUCCUCAAAGGAAGAGCUCGAAUGGCAUCUGUUCUUGUUUUUGGGUAUUUCGUCAUUUGUGGUGCUCUGAAUGGCUUAUUUGGAUCCAUUGUUGUUCAUGGUGGGGAGUAUUACUAUGGGGUUUUCUCAAGAAUCGUUGUUGGUGGAUUCUUGGUUGGUGUUCUUGUGAUUGUAAACUUGGUGGGAUUAUUGGUUCAGAGUGUGUUUUAUUAUGUCUGCAAAAGCUAUCAUCAUCAAGGGAUUGAUAAGAAUGCUUUAUAUGAUCAUCUUGGUGGAUAUCUUGGUGAAUAUGUGCCUCUAAAAAGCAGCAUUCAGAUGGAGAAUUUGGACUAAUUUUCACUGAUAAAUACCACGGUGAGAUACUCCUUAUGUUUGUUUGUACUUCUUGUGUAUCAAGAUCCAAAAAAGGAAAAAUGGAGUCUUUAAUUUGUAAAUUUGGGAUAUUUUUGUUAUGAGUAUGAAUUUUCUGUUCCAAUUUUUAGAAUCUUCAUCUUCAUUUGUUGGAAUAAUGGAUUAUAUCUUGUUCUCUGUCCAAUUCAAGGAUGCAAAUAGCAGUGUGUUUUCUUGAUGUAAAAAACCUCUUAUAUUCAUGUGUAUAGAGCUAAAAUGAUUGUGAAAUGCAUUUCAAUAUGUUAGUUG